GUUUCAGAUCUGCUGAUGAACAGCAGGUGCGUGUUAGUGCACCCGGAUGAACAUGGACACGCUGAACAAUCAGUAACAGUUACGAGUCAAAGUCCUUCUGUGGGCAUUGAAGGGCUUCAUAAAUCUGAUCCAGCUCGACUGAAGCUCCUUCGCCUCCACGCUAAUGUGAUCAUGGAGAGAGUGCUCCUACUGUUUGUGCUCAUGGUUCUAACUUCGUCCUACAUCAUACCACAGUCCUACGAGGUCCACGAGGUGUAUGAGAGUGGUGAAGAUGAGAACCCUUUAACAAACAUGGGUUCAGAUGAAGACCUGGUUGAAGGAGACAUCCUGGUUCCUAAAAGAAGGAAUGCCCUGAUCAACAAAAGAUACAGAUGGAAAUUCCCAAUUCCUUACAUACUUGGGGAUGAUUUGGAUCUGAAUGCUAAAGGCUGCGUCCACCAGGCGUUUGAAAUGUAUCGUCUCAAGUCUUGUGUCGACUUCAAGCCUUAUGAGGGAGAGGAGACCUUCAUCAAGUUUGAAAAGAGAGGAGGGUGCUUCUCCAGUGUUGGCGACCAGCAGAAAGGUCAGAUUUUGUCUUUAGGACCAGGCUGUGACCACAAGGCCGUGAUCGAGCACGAGCUCCUUCACGCUCUGGGGUUCUACCACGAGCAGUCCCGCACAGACAGAGACGACUACGUGGACAUCUGGCUGGACCAGGUCACACCAGGUCUUGAACACAACUUCAACAAAUACAAUGAUGACUUCAUCACGGAUCAAAACACGGCGUACGACUACGAGUCCGUCGUGCAUUACCGGCCCUUCUCCUUCAAUAAGAAUGAAUCCGUCCCUACCAUCACCACGAAAAUCCCAGAGUUCUACAACAUCAUCGGCCAGUACCUGGACCUUAGCAAGACGGACACCCUCAGGCUCAACCGCAUGUACAACUGUUCUGGCCCUCUAACCCUUCUGGACCAGUGUUCCUUUGAAUACGCAAGCAUCUGUGGGAUGAUUCAGUCUUCUACUGAUGAUGCUGACUGGGUCCGCACCAAGAGCAGCAUCGAAGCAGAGGAUCACACACUUCUGGGGAGGUGCAGAGAUGCCGGGUACUUCAUGUACUUCAACACUAUGACCGGGAAGCCAGAGGAGUCUGCUUUGCUGGAGUCUCGAACCCUUUACCCUAAAAGGAAGUUUCAGUGUUUACAGUUCUUCUAUAAGAUGACUGGAAGUCCCAAAGACAAGCUGGUCAUCUGGGUCAAGAUGGACGAUGGCACCGGCACGGUCCGAAGAAUGAGGAAAAUACACACUUUUAACGCAGAUUCAGAGCACACAUGGAAGAUUGGCCAUGUCCCAAUGGAAGUAGGAGUUAAAUACCGCUAUGCCUUCCAAGCCGUGCGUGGUGACCCGUCCAAGUCUUCUGGAGGCAUCUACAUUGACGACAUUAGCCUGACUGAGACACGCUGCCCUAAUGCCGUGUGGACGAUUCACAACUUCUCCAGGAUCUUGGAAACAGCUGACAACAACACUGUAAUCGACAGUCCUCGCUUCUACAGCCCCGAAGGCUACGGUUACGGUGUUCGUAUCAAGCCUUUGUCUGGAUUCUCUGAUUACACUGGGAGCUACACAGGGCUCUACUUCCACCUCACCAGCGGAGAGAACGACGUGGUGAUGAAGUGGCCAGCUGUGAACAGACAAGCCACCUUGGUGGUCAUGGACCAGGAUCCAGAUAUUUUGCUGAGGAUGUCUUCAGCUCGUAGCCUCACCACCGACAUGAGGACCACACCAGAUGGAGAGUUUGUAUGGGACUUGCCUUCUAAAGUGGGAAAGUACGACUCGUCCUGCAGUUGUUACCGAGGUGAAUCGUGGGGCUGGAGGAACUUUAUCAAGCACUUUGACCUUAGGAGGCGGAAUUACCUCAAGAAUGACGAUCUUAUCAUCUUCAUUGACUUUGAAGAUUUAUCAUCACUCAUGAAACAGAAGUUCCCAUUGAGCCAAAUGAAUAAGAUGUGAUCAGCUGGGACCAAAUGAAGCUCACAGAGAUGCGACGACGACAAACUUCUACGGAGAUUGUUGCGGUCUCAUUAUUAUCUGAACAUGCUUUGUUUUCACUAGUUGAUUUCUCUGUACUUCAGGACAUCAAUAAUAUAAAAAAAGUACAAGGAAAAUAGCGACAUUCUUAAAAUCAAACGAAACAAAACACAUUUAAAUAGUUUCAUAUAAUGAAAUACAAAACUACUUGAUGUGAAUGAUUUGACAUUUUUUAGAGUAGAUCAGUAACUCUUUGAGCGCACUCCUGCUAGUGUAUGUCAUAUGUUAAGAUGCAGCUAACCUGCUCCUGUUCACUCCCUGACCCUGUGCCCUGCCCUAAGCAGCAAUGUCGGUUUUCAUAGUGCUCAGCUAUUUUGUCAUAAAUGAACAAAUCAUUCCAAAUACACACACAACGACAAUAAGCUAUUUUUGUUACUUUCUACCACUAAAAACAACAAAUAAAAGGAAACUUGUAUUUCCAGAACUAUGCAGCAGAAGGGACACAGAGAUAUUAAUGUACAUCUGGUACUGCACAAGUAUUAAACACAUACAGAAUAUUACACUGAUGUUAUUGUGUACCAGGAUAAUGCCAGUACAGCUUAAACUGAGGAGUUAUACACUUACUGCAGAGGGGAUGAAUGACCUACGGUAGUGUUCUGUCUCUGAAGGAGCUGUCCAUGUCUCCACCGUGGAACGCAGUAUGUUGACGUUAGGUAUUUUAAGGUAUUACUGUCUUAAAUGUUCAUUUUUAAGUAAUCAUAGGUUAAUCAUAUGUUGUGAAGUAAGCCGCGGGGCUUUCUCCUUUCCUCUUAGCUCUGGAAUGUGGCUGAUAAGCCCUGAUGUUUGUCUGUGUGGGGGUUGAGGAAUAGCCUGCCUGGCAACAGGAAUCUGUGGUUACUAAGUUUCUGGCUGUCAGUCAUAAAUUAAGACUUCCUUUUUGGAAUGUCCCGCCUUAGCCUAACAGCAACACUGUAAUUGGCUGAGUGUAGACAGUGAUGGAUUGUUCGUUGUCCUUUUUUCCCUGGGUUUCAAUAAAACCAGCUGUGGUGCAGAGGGGAGGCCAGAGUUGAUUGGACGAGGGCCUAACAGGCUCUCGACCUGUCUCUCUUCGCUGUAUCAAGCGUAUAUAACCUACUGACCCUCUUCUCCUGCGUGGCUCAUUUUAGGAUAUAAAAAUACCCAACAGUUGGGAGAGUUUUUUUUUUAAAGAUGGAGGUCAGCUACACCAACAUCCUCCUUUCACAUAUCUCCUCAACUGAAUCCAGCGGGCGAGUCAGAACCAAGCUAGCUUUGUGAACUAGCUAGCUCAGUCUCUUCCUGCCUCGGUCAGAGCUGCCUGCACCCCAACAGGCCACAGCAGAGCGGAUAACAAAGCCAACCACAGAGUGAUGAAGGGAUUUUAACAGCUGGGAAUUAACUCCGAAGGACCUCAGCCUCCUCAGGAGGUGGAGGUGGCUUUGGCCCUUCUUAUACAGAACAUCUGUGUUGUUGGACCAGUUCAGUUUACUGCUGAGGUGACCACCCAGGUACCUAAAUGUAUCCAAGGUAUUUCAACUGACUUGGUAACCAGCAUCAACCCUUGUUUCAAUGGCUUGAAGAGAUUCUCCUCGCACAUAACUGAACUGAUCAUUGACCGAGUGCGUUGGAGUGAACAGUGAGAGGAAGCAUCCCAAAGUUCUCUGCAGACCGCCCUGUACAAUGUUCCACCCUGUCACAGGUCUCGGUUCCUACACUCCAUCCACACCUGGGAUCCUUCUGCAGCACUCUGCCAAAGACUUCCUGCUCACUCAGCUUCAAUAAAUGAUCCAAAAAAAGAGUCACUCAUGUUAAUCCUGCUUGAGCUGUACACAACGCUUCCAUGUUUGAUUUGAUCUUUACGUAACUGUCAUGUGUCACCGCCUUGUCCCCCUACCGUCUUUUCAUUUUCUGUUCAGCUAACAUGUUCAGAACAACUGUAAAGAAUAAAAGGAAUGAUCAGAUAAGUUAUCAGUUAGUAUUUGUUUUAACGAAAGUAUUAAAAUACAAGAUGACAACAUCAA